AUGACCGUGGGACAGCUGAGCGAGAAGGUCAAAUUGUUCUUGACGUUUGCUGCCGGGGUGAUAGAGUGCCUCGGCUUUGCGGGUGCGAUCCAAGGCUGGCCUUCCCUGGUCUUUGUGCUGAAGGAGGAAGACUACUUCACUGACCUCUGUAUCCCUCUGUACAACUCCAGCGAUCCUGGGCCGAAUAAUUCAACUGUGGGCUGUGAUCCGCAGGGCGAACGCUUCACCCUCAUCUUCACCAUCGCCGUUUUGACCAUGAAUAUCGCGUGUAUUGCCAGCGGGGCUCUGCUGGACAACUGCGGAAUCAUGCCAACGCGCUUCCUGGGCAUCUUCCUCUACACCACAGGCAAUUUACUGAUCGCUUUUGCCACUGCGGCCUCGGCUCUGAUGCUGUUUCCCGCUAUCGCAUUAAUAGGAAUGGGAGGAAUGUUGGUGCUCACAACAAACAUAAAGGCUGGAAAUCUGUUUGGGAGGAAUCGCUCCACAGUGAUCACCUUGUACAACGGAGCCUUCAGUACCGGUGCAGCCGUCUUCCUGCUGGUCAAGGUGGCGUUUGAAGCCGGAUUCCCCCUGAAGUCGUCCUUCCUGUUCAUCAGUUGCUUGAGCGUCCUGCAGAUUCUGUUCACGGUCUUUCUCCUUCCUUGGAAGCACAUCCCCUAUCCACUGCCGGAGGGUUUUACCUACGGCGUAAAGUUUCAGAAGUUCAGGUUGAUGCGACGUCGGAAGGAGACGGCUCCCCAGAGAACACCAAGUCUGGGAGCUGUUCGGAUCGAAGGAAACGGGGAGGAGAGCAGGGAGGAGAUGGGAAGAGGUUCACUAUUCACGGAAACGGAAGAGGAAGUUCCCACUUUCUGGAGCUGCGUCUUUUCUCGGCUAUUCUUCACCAACCUGCUAUGGUUCUCGCUCAUUCAGUUGCGCAUCGUCAUUUUCUUCGGUGCCCUUAACCCCUUGCUCAAUCUCAUGCUGAAGGGUGAUACCGAGCAAGUCAGCACGUUUACAAACGCCUUUGCCAUCAUCCAGUUGUUUAGCAUCUUCUGCGCCCCGGUAAACGGCUUAAUUAUGGAUCGACGGAAAUUGAGAUGUCGGCGGUUGGACUCAGUCUCAGGUUCGGAUUCCUGCAGCAGACUGGCGGAAAUGGAGGCUGCGGUCCUCCCUCUCGCCCUCACAGUCACUCUCUCGGUCCUGUUCUCUCUGACUGCCGCCAUCCCUGUACCAAAGCUUCAGUAUUUCACGUUUGUUCUGAUAAUGAUCAACGGCGGCUUCCUCUAUGGGGGUUUCUCUGCGUUUCAAGCCAUCACCUUUCCGCCAUGUCACUUCGGGAAACUCUACGGGACAUCAUUGGCCCUGGGCGCUGUGAUCUCUCUUUUGCAGUAUCCUUGCCUCAUCCUCAUUAACGGUCCGUUGCAGCACAAUCCGCUGUAUAUGAACAUCGCGUUCAUCGCCCUGGUAACCUUGGCCUACGCCCACCCAAUCAACGUCUACUUUUACUGCCAACGGGCCAAUUCUCAGAGGGCAGUGUGA